AUGAGUGAUCUAAGUAAAUCACAAGAUAACCCGAGUCAGUCGGCAACAUCCAGUUUACAGACAUCGAUUCUGCGCGCUUCAGCCCAACAACGUCCACUCACUGAAUCUCAACAUUCGGCUCUCCUUUCGAGUGGAUCCGUUCCUCCGGGUAAUGCGCUUCGGUGA